CCUAGUUGUGAGUGGCCGUGCAGCAGCACCAGGGCGCAGCUGAGAGUAACAGGCCAACUCCCAGACCCCAGGCCUGUUCCCAUCCUCGAGACCGUGGGUAAUUUGGAGCCAUCAAAAUGUUUGCCAAGGCAACACGUAAUUUUCUGAGAGAUAUUGAUGCUGGUGGCGACCUGAUUCCAGUAGUGAACUUGAAUGACUCGGAUAAGCUGCAACUGCUCAGUCUGGUGACCAAAAGGAAGAAAUUUUGGUUCUGGCAGAGACCCCAGUACCAAUUUUUAUCUCUUACCCUUGAUGAUGUACUUACGGAAGACCAAUUUGUGAGUCCAGUGGUCAUGGAGUCGGAUUUCGUGAACUACGAGGGCAAUUUCAAAAACCACGUGACGGGGACCAUCGAGACGGCUCUUGGGAAGGUCAAGCUGAAUGUCGGAGGCACAGGUCUCGUGGAGAGCCAGUCUUCGUUCGGAGCCCUGCGGAAGCAGGAGGUGGACCUGCAGCAGCUCAUCCGAGACGCUGCCGAGAGAACCAUCAACUUGAAGAAGGCUGUGCUGCAGCAGGUGCUGACGGGGAGGAAUGAGGUCCUGUGCAUCGUGACGCAGAGGAUCGUCACGACACAGAAGUGUCUCAUCUCCGAGCACGUGCAGAUAGAGGAGAAGUGCGGUGGCAUGGUGGGGGUCCAAACCAAGACCAUCCAGGUGUUAGCGAAGGAGGAUGGGAACUUGGUCCAGGAUUCCAACGUGGUGCUGGAGAUCCCCGCUUCCACCACCAUCGCCUACAGUGUCAUCGAGUUAUAUGUGACACUGGACGGCCAGUUUGAAUUCUGCCUCCUGCAAGGCAAGUGUGGUGGCUUUGAGCAAAAGAAGAGAAGCCACUCCGUGGACAUGACCCCCGUGGCCUAUAGAAUGAUGGCCCAGGUGGACAUGCUGGAUGCCGCGCACCAGAAGUCUUCCCCGGAGGAGCCGUUAAGUGCUUUGAAACAAGAUGCUCUGCUCUUAGAGAAGGAUUUCCAGCCUUUUGUGGAGCUGCCGGAGCAGCAGCAGAGGGCUCUGCGCACCCUCCUGCAGGCAGCCCUGCUGGACGAUGAACUGCUGACUGUCCUGGAAAGAGUGUUUGAUGACAUGGUCAGGGGCCUCUCGCCCCCACUGGAGGCCCUGGAGGAGCUGAAGCCCCCCCAGCAGCAGGACCUCACGGCCUUCCUGCAGCUUGUGGGGUGCAGCCUGCAGGGCGCGGGGCGAGAGCAGGAGGCCGCCCAGGACAACCAGGAGCUCCUUCCAACUGCCUACUUCUUGAUCAGUGCCCUCGCAGAGAUGCCAGACAACGCAGUGGCUCUGCUGGCCGCGUGCUGUGAGCUGCAGCUCAUUCCCACACUGGGUCGCUUGCUUCGUGCCCUGUUUGCCAAUGGGUCGUCUGAUCUUGAUGACCCCACCCUAGCGCCACUCAGAGAUGAGGAAAGGUUUGGGAUUGCUCAGCGAUUGUUCACCUCGGCCGGCAUCAGUCUGGAGAGAGUGCAGGCAUCUGUCAGAGUCAGCAUCCUGGAGGGCCCACACUUCUUCCCGCUGCUUCUCUGCAUCGCCCUGAACGGCCUCUGCGUCCUGGGCCAAGGACACGAGUAACUUUGGGACACGUUAACACAACUGCUCCUGGCCAAGGCCGGGUGUCUUUCAGCUGCCCUUAAGUUGUGACUUUGGGAUUUCGGUCUUUUCCAUGUUAAAUGCGGGUCCAGGGGAAGCAAUGAUGCAGCAGGUUUAGAAGUGGUGCCCUCUCAUGACCUCACCUCUGUGACCAGGCACCUACUCUGCAUUCCAUCGAGGUCCACCAGGGCUGAUGACCCAGGGUCUAAAGUAAAUCCUAGCACCUGAAGAGCAAACGAGUCAUCAAGUCCCUUUGAAUUCAGCGAUCACAUGGACGUGGGUGCAGUGCUGUGCCACACAAGGUUGUCGGUCUUCAGACGUGGGUUGUCAGGUCUUUCUUCUGCGGGGUCUCUGGUGGAUGGGGGGGGGGCCUCAAACCUCCCACCUCCCACCUUUCUGCUCCCUCAAGUGUGCUAAUCACGUGCAACCCCCAGGAACUUCUAAAGACUAGGCCAUCAUCUGAAAUCAGGAAGGUCGGGCAUUCUAAGCUAACUCACGAGGGGGGUGGGGGGCUUCAAACAGUUUAAGGAAAGAUAAUGGAAUUGUUCUUGAACUUUUUGUACCUCUCAGUACAUUCCGGCCUUUCCCCUCCCCCUGAAGAAUUAGAAAAUCACUUUCUUAAAAUUUCCACUUUCUGUUAUACAAAAAUAGGAGAUUGACACUUGCAUCCAAGAAUUCACUUUAAAUUCUGAAUGCUCUGGGAAGACAAUUUCUCGUCACACAAGCGCUAUUUUGACUGUACUACGUGAUUGACAAAUGAGCUGUAAACGCCACAGAUAUUCACUGGAAAGAGAACAGGGAGUCUCUGCUAAAGAAAAUUACACCAAAAAGGAGAAUCUUUUUGCAAGACCCCUCUGCUUGGGAUUCUAGCCACGUUUUCAUUUUAUCCCACUUGGAAUUCUCAGAGAAGAGCCCUGGGGCUCAGUGGUUAAGCACUGGUCUCCCCCUGCGGUAGAUUCCCGCCCUGCGAGCGCCCUGGGGCAGUUCUACUCGGUCCUAUGAUAGGGCUGCCUGUCCCUUGGGAUCCACGGCAUGCCGGUGCUUGGGUUCCCCGUGAUUCUGAUCCUUUGGUGUCCAUACUCACUCUGUUCAGAACCAUAG